AGUCUUUAUCUUUAACAUGGUAUAUAGAAAUAGAUUAUUUUAACAUGAUCAAAUGCGCCGUCUCGUUAAUCCGUCGUGUGUCUUUAAGAGGCUUCAGAUGAUCAGCAGGAAGCAGCGGGGAUGGAACCCACACCCUGCAGGGAGAGGACCGAGUCACGUCUUCUGAUUAGUCUCCCGUCCCGUUAUCUCCUGUUAUCACUUAUCGGACCCGUUCAUAUCAACGCGUCUUCGAGUGCAUCUGCUGUAAAAGCUUCUUAGCUGUUAUACUCAAAUAUAUUUCACCACGGAAAGAAACGAGCUCCUCCGGGACUCGAACUGAAGAUGAUGACGCGGAGGGGAGGACCACUGGCCGGGAGCCAGUGAGGGUCUUCGGGUAAACAUGCAGAACCAAACCGAGGACCAGAAGAAUCCUGAUCCUCAGGGGACCACCCUGAGCGGGUUCUUCUCCGGUCCAGGGAACCCGGUGGUCCCGACAGAAGCUCCAGUCCAGCUGGAGUUCAGGAGGACAUCGGUGACCCAGGACUACACGCUCACGGCCCGGGUCCUGGGCUUCGGCAUCAACGGCAAAGUGCUGCAGUGCUUCUGCAAGAAGACCCGUCAGAAGUGUGCCCUCAAGAUCCUGUACGACACUCCGAAGGCGCGGCGCGAGAUGGAGCUGCACUGCCGUGCGCUGGCCGGGCCGCACAUCGUCCGGGUCCUCAGCCUCUACGAGAACCUGCACCAGGGCCGGAGGUGCCUGCUCAUGGUGAUGGAGUGCAUGGAGGGCGGAGAGCUGUUCAGUCGCAUCCAGCACAGAGGAGACCAGGCCUUCACAGAGAGAGAGGCGUCUGACAUCAUGCGGGACAUCGGCUCAGCCAUCCAGUUCCUGCACUGCAUGGACGUGGCCCACCGAGACGUGAAGCCGGAGAACCUGCUGUACUCCACUAAGGAGAGCAACGCCGUCCUGAAGCUCACCGACUUCGGCUUCGCCAAGGAGACCACCAUCCACAACUCCCUGCAGACCCCCUGCUACACCCCCUACUACGUGGCCCCCGAGGUGCUCGGCCCGGAGAAGUAUGACAAGUCAUGUGACAUGUGGUCUCUGGGUGUCAUCAUGUACAUCCUGCUGUGUGGGUUCCCCCCCUUCUACUCCAACACGGGCGCGGCCAUCUCCCCCGGCAUGAAGCAGAGGAUCCGCAUGGGCCAGUACGAGUUCCCCACCCCGGAGUGGGAGGACGUCUCUGAACAAGCCAAACAGCUCAUUGUCCAGUUACUGAAGACGGACCCUAAUGAGAGGAUGACCAUCGGACAGUUUAUGAACCACCCCUGGAUCAGUCAAGCCAUGGAGGUCCCGCCCACCCCGCUACACACCUCCAGGGUGCUGACGGAGGAAAGAGAGCUGUGGGACGACGUGAAGGAGGAGAUGACCAGCGCUCUCGCCACCAUGCGCGUGGAUUACGACCAGGUGAAGAUCAAAGACCUGGACACCUCCAACAACCCGCUGCUCAUCAAGAGACGCAAGAGGCCGGCGCCCGAGGCAGCGGAGAGGGGGGAGGACGAGCAGGGCAGCGUGGGUGGAGGGGCGGUCUGGGCGGAGUAGG